AUGCAGCCUUCGCUCAUUCUACGGUCUGGGCGGUCUGCUUGGAAAGGCCCAUAUUUUGUAGCCUUUCCAAACCUGAAGGAUGCACUAAUUAACAAUGUUGCUAUAAGAACACAGGCUCGUGCGUGUACUAUCCUUCCAAAUUUUGUCGGUAUUCGUUUCAUGGUGCACAAUGGUAAAGACUAUGUUCCUGUGAUGAUAACGCAGGAUAUGGUCGGUCAUAAGCUAGGCGAAUUCGCGCACACCAAAAAGCGCUUUACUUACAAGAUGACAAAGAACAAGUAG